GCAAAAGCGGGAGGGGAUGCUUAGUUUAGUGAUAUGCCUAAAAGUUAAAACUUUACAAAAGGUCCUCACACUCAGGACACAAAACGGAGAGUGAAAUGAUUGAAAUAACUCUCGGGAGCCCAGGUGCCAUACGUCUUUAUUCGUUUAUUUGAGAACUUACCUGCCCAAGUGUCAAGUGAGUCAUUUACACCUGAAGAGUAAAGAAAACGCUCACUCACACGCAGCCCACGCCGUGAAUCUUAAAGGGCCAGAAGCGAUCGGCUUGUGGCCAAUCCUGGGACCCAGACCGAUCCACCUUAAGCGAAAGGGCUUAGUCGGGGUCCAAGAUCUCCGCCCGGAGCCCUCGUGAUAGGUAGCUGGGACAGGCGGGGCGGGGCCUGGCUUCCUCUGCUUUAAAUAUCCCGAGAGCGCGUCCACCGCUGCUGGAGCUGAAGAGAAUCAGAAGUUGGUCGAACGGGGGGGAAACGGCGGCGCCGUUGCCGCCGCGUCUGCCGUCCUCCUCAUCGUCGUCGUUUACCGAGCUUUUCAGGUGCACCGCUUCUUCCGCAACCGCCUCGAAGGGCAACCGAGCUUCCUCGGGGCGCUUUUGCCAAACCGGUCUGGCGGAGGGACCCCCUGGGGAGCUGCAUCUUCGGGGCUCUCGGCCACCUUGACCCGGCGCGGCUGAAGGAAAGUUGAGAAGACCCAGGCAGAGCCGAAGCAGCCUCUGCCGUCCUCGCAGCAGCUGCAGCAAGCGCCGCGUCUCGCAUCCCAGCUCGGCGACCGAGGAGAGAUGAGCUUCAGGAAGCCGGGAGCGUAGCUGCCCAGCGCAAUAGCAGCCGAGGAGCCGACGCCACUUCGAUCAGUCACCUCCUGGGUCGAAGGGUGGACUUACUUAGCCGAGCAUGGAGCCUCGCUCUUACCUGUUGACCGUGGCUUUUCUGCCGCUCUUCCUGUCUGCUUGGUCGCCCCUGCAAAAGCAACCUAACGCCGCAGCCGCGGCGGCAGCGGCAGCAGCGGCCGGCUCUUCGUCUGCCAAGGAGCUCUCCUGCCAGGAGAUCACGGUGCCACUGUGCAAAGGCAUCGGCUACAACUACACUUACAUGCCCAAUCAGUUCAACCACGAUACGCAGGACGAGGCGGGGCUGGAGGUCCACCAGUUCUGGCCCCUAGUGGAGAUCCAGUGUUCUGCGGACCUGCGCUUUUUCCUGUGCAGCAUGUACACGCCCAUCUGUCUGGAGAACUACAAGAAGCCACUGCCGCCCUGCCGCAGCGUGUGCGAGCGGGCCAAGGCCGGCUGCGCGCCCCUCAUGCGCCAGUACGGCUUCGCCUGGCCGGACCGCAUGCGCUGCGACCGGCUGCCCGAGCAAGGCAACCCGGACAUGCUCUGUAUGGACUACAACCACACCGAUCUCGCGACCGCCGCGCCACAGCCCCAACCCAAGCCGCCGCACCGAAAGCCGGCAGGAGGCGGGACGGGCAGGGGCUCCGGGGCUGUGGUGCCGCCCCCGUCCGCCGCGGACCCCCCACUCCGCAAGAGCCGCCCUCCAACCCCCUGCGAGCCGGGUUGCCAGUGCCGGGCGCCGAUGGUGUCGGUGUCUAGCGAGCGCCACCCGCUUUACAACCGGGUCAAGACGGGCCAGAUCGUCAAUUGCGCCCUGCCGUGCCACAACCCCUACUUCAGCCCGGACGAGCGCGCAUUCACCGCCUUUUGGAUCGGCCUGUGGUCCAUCCUGUGCUUCAUCUCCACCUUCGCCACCGUCUCCACCUUCCUCAUCGACAUGGAGCGCUUCAAGUACCCGGAGCGACCCAUCAUCUUCUUGGCCGCCUGCUAUCUCUUCGUCUCGCUGGGCUAUUUGGUGCGUCUGGUCGCUGGCCACGAAAAAGUGGCUUGCAGCGGCGGAGCGGCAGCGGCGGCGGCGGCGGCGGCUGGAGCGGGAGCAGGACCCGCGGGCCCCGCUGGAGGCGCUGCGGGAGCGGCCGCUGCCGCGGUGGGCGGUCGCGGAGCAGCCGGCGGAGCUGCGGAGCUACAGCCUGACUUGGCGGUGGCUGAGCACGUGCGGUACGAGAGCACGGGUCCGGCUCUGUGCACCAUAGUCUUCCUUUUGGUCUACUUCUUUGGCAUGGCCAGCUCCAUCUGGUGGGUUAUCCUGUCCCUCACCUGGUUCCUGGCGGCGGGCAUGAAGUGGGGCAACGAGGCUAUAGCGAGCUAUGCUCAGUACUUCCACCUGGCGGCUUGGUUACUGCCCAGCAUCAAGUCUAUUGCCGUCCUGGCGCUCAGUUCUGUGGAUGGAGAUCCUGUGGCUGGAAUCUGCUACGUGGGCAACCAAAGCCUGGAGAACCUGCGAGGCUUUGUGCUGGCCCCUCUGCUUAUCUACCUGGCCAUUGGCUCCAUGUUCCUGCUGGCUGGGUUUGUCUCGCUCUUUCGGAUCCGGAGUGUCAUCAAACAGCAAGGGGGCCCCACCAAGACGCACAAGCUGGAGAAGCUCAUGAUCCGCCUGGGCCUCUUCACCGUGCUCUACACGGUGCCUGCUGCCAGCGUGGUGGCUUGUCUUUUCUAUGAGCAGCACAAUCGCCCCCACUGGGAAGCCACCCACAACUGCCCCUGCCUGCGGGACCAACAGCCUGACCAGGCCCGCCGACCAGACUAUGCGGUCUUUAUGCUCAAGUACUUGAUGUGCCUGGUGGUGGGCAUCACCUCGGGAGUAUGGGUCUGGUCUGGAAAGACGCUGGAGUCCUGGAAGGCCCUCUGCACCCGCUGCUGCUGGGCCAGCAAAGGGACGGCAGUGGCCGUUGCAGGGAGUAUUGGAGCCAGGGGGGGAGGGGGCAGCAUAGGGGCUGCUGCUGCUGUGGGAGGACUGGGGGGUGGAGGGGGGUCUAUGUACAGUGAUGUCAGCACUGGUUUGACUUGGAGGUCUGGCACUGCCAGCUCGGUUUCUUACCCCAAACAAAUGCCUUUGUCCCAGGUGUAAAAUCUGGAAUUGGAACGGAGGAAUGCCGCCCAUCUCUUCUUAAGAAGAAACUUCCCUCUAGGAGCAGGACAGUUCCAGAGGCCCAAGUGCCGGGCCUAUUGUCCUCUUCCUCCAUUCCUUGUUAGUCAAUCCUUCCCAUGCUGAAGCUGCAUGUUUCUGUGUUGUUGGUAUAGGAAUUUUCUGAAGACAAGGAUUGCCUUACUUGCCUUCAGCCAGCACAAGCCCUUUUUGCCCAGUAGGACUUCUCUGCUCUUUCUCCAUCCCUCAAAGUCUUGGUCCAAUGUGAAGGGAUAUCUAAUUAACCUGCAGGGGUGGAAGAGUCCCUCAAGAACCCCCCCCCUUUUUUUAAUGCCAACAACCACAAAAACUGGCAGAUGCCUUAAAAUCAUGUGUUCAAACCAUGUCUUAAUUGUACACCCUCCCCCCAGUAAAUACGGGUUUAUUAUGUUAAAGGAUGUAUUUAUAUAAUUAUUUGGUACCUGUACAAAAUGUGUAAAAUAUGUAUAUAUUCCAAAUGCUAUACAGACUGUAAAUUUCUUUUGUUUAAAGAAAAAAAGUUUAGAGGCUUACCACCACCGCUCUUGCCUAAGAGCAAAAGUUUGAGUAUUAUAUUUUGUCAAUAAAAUCAUGUCAAAUGAU